GCUGGACUCGUCGUCUGAAAGUCUUCCUGUGCUGCACUCGCACUAAGGACUCUCAGUCUGAACGCCUAUUCAGAGAUUGCCUAUUUGUUUGCUGAGUUUUUUCGGGAUCUGGAUAUUGUUCCUUCUGAUAUCAUUGCUGGGUUAGUCCUGUUACGCCAGAGACAAAAGGCAAAAAGAAAUGCAGUAUUGGAUCAGGCUAAUAAUGACAUAUUGGCUUUCCUAUCUGGCAUGCCAGUCACCCGAAAAACAAAAUACCUGGAUCUAAAAAAUACUCAAGAGAUGCAACGCUACAAGGAGGUUUGUUAUUACAUGCUCUUUGCACUGGCAGCUUAUGGCUGGCCCAUGUACCUCAUUAGAAAGCCAACAUGUGGCAUCUGUCGAUUGGCGGGUGCAUGCUCUAGCUGCUGCUGCCCCUGCACUACCCGUCCUCGCUUUGCUCCUGGAGUUACCAUUGAGGAGGACAAUUGCUGUGGUUGCAAUGCAAUUGCUAUAAAGCGCCAUUUUCUGGAUGAGAACAUGAACAUGGUGGACAUUGUAUAUACGUCAUGUCAUGAUGCGGUUUAUGAAACCCCAUUCUUCGUGGCUGUAGAUCAUGACAAGAAGAAAGUCGUGAUAAGCAUACGUGGAACACUCUCUCCAAAGGAUGCCUUGACAGAUCUUACAGGAGAUGCAGAGCGCCUGCCAGUGGAGGGACACCAUGGAACAUGGUUAGGCCACAAGGGGAUGGUUCUUUCUGCUGAGUAUAUUAAGAAGAAGUUGGAGCAAGAAAUGGUUCUUUCCCAAGCAUUCGGCCGUGACUUGGGACGUGGUACAAAACACUAUGGCCUAAUAGUGGUGGGACAUUCUCUUGGAGCUGGAACUGCUGCCAUUCUUUCUUUUCUCCUGCGCCCUCAGUACCCUUCCCUGAAAUGUUUUGCCUACUCUCCACCGGGGGGCCUCCUAAGUGAGGAUGCCAUGGAAUAUUCAAAGGAGUUUGUGACAUCUGUAGUGCUUGGAAAAGACUUGGUCCCUAGGAUUGGGUUAUCUCAGCUCGAAGGUUUCCGUAGGCAUCUUCUAGAUGUUCUGCAGAGAAGCAACAAGCCAAAGUGGCGGAUCAUCCUAGGGGGUACAAAGUGUAUACCUAAAUCAGAACUUCCUGAUGAGUCUGAUGGGAUAACUGUGCCAAAUAACCGACUCUGGACUCACCCUAGUGAUCUAACCAUAGCGCUGUCUGCCAGCACGCCACUCUACCCACCUGGACGAAUCAUUCAUGUAGUGCACAACCAUCCUGAGGAGCGAUGCUGUUUCUGGGAUCAAGAGGAACCAACAUACUUUGCCAUUUGGGGGGACAACAAAGCAUUUGAGGAAGUUAUCAUCUCUCCAGCCAUGCUGCAUGAACACCUCCCUCAUGUUGUGAUGGAAGGACUCAAUAAGGUUCUGGAGAAUUAUAACAAAGGCAAGACAGCUCUACUUUCUGCUGCAAAAGUGAUGGUUAGUCCAACAGAAGUUGACCUAAACCCUGAGCUGAUCUUCCACCAACCACCCCAUCUGUCUCCUCCCAUCUUGGAGGUGAUACCUGCCAUAAUGCCUGGGACAAAUGCCAACAGGAGGAACAGCAGCACCAAGUAA